ACCAGAGAGAGAGAGAGAGAGAGACUCAGAAGAGAGUGAGAAGAGUCCUUCCACCAAUUGUGUCCACAUCAUCUCCUUUCUCCUCCGUAAACGCUGAUCACCACCAUUUCUUUCUUUUCUUUCCGACAGAACAACUAAUUCGUCCCGUCAAGAUAUCCAAUUCAAGAAAACGAAAACCCUCCCUCCCGCAUGUGAAAAUAUUUCAGUAGUUUGUUGUCGGAACUCAUUUGUGAAGCCAAAUUGUACUAGUAGUGUGCUUUUACGGUUUGCGUAUUCGACAUAAAGGUGGAAGGCUCCCAUGUCCAUGCGGAGAAUUCAGUCAUGGUUUUGACAAAUCAAAUAUUGCUGGGGAUCAUAUGGAUGAAUUGCCGGGGGCUUUAGGGACGAGUGCCAGCUUGGCUUUGAGAUUAGGACAGGCCAUCUUCUCUAUUGCUUCUCUGCUUUUCAUGUGUUUGGAUGUCGAGUUCUACAGCUACACUGCCUUCUGUUUCUUGGUAACAAUCAUGGGUUUAGUCAUUCCUUGGAGUCUAACAUUGGCAAUGGUGGAUGCAUUCUCUGUAUUCGUUAAACGGCCUUCUCGUCAGCCAGGAAUAAUGUCAAUUGUUGUGAUGGGAGAUUGGGUACUAUGUUUUUUAUCGUUAGCUGCAUCCUGUUCGUCCGCUGGUGUAACAGAUCUGUUGAUGGUUUCUGGCGGCUCAUUCUGCAGCGCAAAAAUAUGUGGCCGGUAUCAGUUAUCUGCUGCUAUGGCAUUUUUGUCUUGGUUUUUGUCGUUAGCUUCGUCUCUCUUCAAUCUUUGGCUUUUGGCUUCCUUUUAAUUACUACUAUAUGAUAUAGAUAUACUGGUACGUACGGAUGGGCUUAGCCAUCUCGUAGAAAUUAGAAGUCCUAUACUAAGUAAGGGGCAUUUUGUUGCUUAGACAUUUCACCAAAUAUACAUUCAACAUUGACCUCUCCAAAUGUACAGGUACCUCGAAAGGCUCCAAUUUCUAAGGAAGAAAAAAAAAAGGAAAGCCAUACGUGGCGGGAUUGCAAUAACAAAUAUAUAUACACACACACACACACACACACAACAGCUCUACUCUUUUAAGAAAAGCAGUCUGUCGUAUUAGAAAUGUACAGAAAAUGCUUUCGCCUGUUUUUGCCGUAUCGUAUAAUGAACAGCUGUUGAGCCCGAUUGCUCUCA